AUGCACGAUGUCGCAAGUCCUCGCUCAGAUGAAGAUGAAGACGCCGAUGGUUCUGAUGAUGCCGAUUACGAUGUCCCAUCCCCUCCCUCAAGAGCCAGCGUCGACUCCCGCCAUAGCAGCGUCUCGUCCGAAGGCUCGUCGCUGCCUCGCAAGCGCAAGGCCGAGCCCGAUCAGCACGAUGAACAAUACAUGCAAGAAAAUCCAGAAUUAUACGGUCUUCGUCGAAGCGGUCGUGCCCGUCCAGCUCGUCGAAUUAUAGAAAGCAGUGACGAAGAGCAAGACGACAACGACUCUGGCUCAGAUGUCAAUGCCGGCCGAGCUCGUAAACGCUUUCGCUCGGCUGCCCCUCGCAAUGUCUCAGUCCGUCGUUCUAAUUCAGGAUCUGGCUCAGACAGCGAUACCUACGGCGGCGCUCGUGGUCGCGAGUUCGCAAAGAAGCACCGCCGCAGGCUGCAAGGAGCCUCAUCCCGCUCUGCGUCGGGACUCGCAGGCGACCUUCGCUUUUCUACAAGACAAGCUGGCAAAGUCACAACAUACAACGAGGAAGAUGGCGAUGAUUUCAGCGAAGAAGACACCGAGAACCUGACCCCGAAUUACUGGGCCGCUGCUGAAGAUGACUCCCCGGGCAUAGACGUCGUUCUCAAUCACAGGGUCGGCGAUGACACCGAGUAUCCUGAGAAGAACGACUAUGAAUUCUUCAUCAAAUGGCAAGGCAAAGCACAUUACCAUUCUACAUGGGAGCCUUGGACCGAGCUUGCUUCAGUCCGCGGAUUCCGUCGUUUGGAGAAUUACUACCGCAAAACCGUCGAGGCCGAACACUUCCUGGCUCAGGACCCCGAUGUUGCCCCUGAGGAGCGCGAAAAAUACACGCUUGACCGCGAGACGUAUCUCGAUGCUUUGGACGACUACAUGAAGGUCGAAAGAGUUAUCGGAGAACAAGUCGGCAACGAUGGCAGAGAGUACUACGUCAAGUGGAAGUCUCUUGCUUAUGACUAUUGCACGUGGGAACCCGAGUCUCUUGUUAGCGAGCUGGCGCAGAAUGAGAUCGAUCGCUACCUUGAUCGUGCGUCUCGACUGCCUACCUCUGACAAGCGCGAAUCCAACUUGGCUACUCGAUCACCAUACAAGCCGUUCCGCACCCAGCCCGAUUAUAUUAAGUAUGGUCAGCUCAGAGACUUCCAGAUUGCAGGUAUCAACUUCCUCGCACACAACUGGUGCAAGGGCAACAAUGUCAUCCUUGCAGACGAGAUGGGCCUUGGAAAGACCGUUCAGUCAGUAGCGUUCAUGAGUUGGCUGAUUCAUGACCGCCGCCAAGAAGGUCCUUUCUUGGUAGUGGUUCCGCUAUCAACCAUGCCUGCUUGGGCUGACACAUUUAACAACUGGACGCCGGACAUCAAUUACAUUGUCUACAACGGUAAUGAAGCCUCUCGCAAGAUUCUUCGUGAACACGAGCUUCUCGUAGACGGCAACCCCAAAAGGACUAAGUUCAAUGUCAUGCUUACGACCUACGAAUACAUCCUGCUCGACUCCGCUUUCCUAUCGCAGAUGAAGUGGCAGUUCAUGGCUGUUGAUGAGGCACAUAGACUAAAGAAUCGGGAUUCCCAACUCUAUGCUAAGCUCAUGGACUUUGGCGCUCCGAGUCGUCUGCUCAUCACGGGUACCCCUCUGCAGAAUGAGCUCAAAGAGCUGUCUGCCCUUAUGGAUUUCCUCAUGCCAGGCCUGAUCAACAUCAAUGACGAUAUCCCAAUCGACGAUUCCGAAGCGACUAGACAAGCUCUUGACGAAUUGAUGAAAGCAAUCUCGCCAUACAUGAUUCGUCGUGUCAAGGAGAAUGUUACUAGCGAUCUCCCAGGCAAAACCGAGAAAAUCAUCAGAGUGGAGCUUUCAGAUGUUCAGUUGGAGUACUACAAGAACAUUCUUACCCGCAACUACGCCGCUCUUAACUCUGGCACAAAAGGACAAAAACAGUCGUUGCUCAACAUCAUGAUGGAGCUGAAGAAAGCCAGUAACCAUCCCUUCAUGUUCCCCAACGCCGAAGACCGCAUUCUCGAGGGCAAAACAGGCAGAGAAGAUCAACUCAAAGCUCUUGUGACGAGCAGUGGAAAGAUGAUGCUUCUCGACCGACUUUUGACGAGACUCAAGGCGGAUGGUCACCGUGUUCUCAUCUUCAGUCAGAUGGUCAAGAUGCUUGACAUUGUUGGCGACUAUCUACACCUCCGUGGACAUCAAUACCAGCGUCUUGAUGGCACAAUCGCAGCUGGUCCAAGGCGUCAAGCCAUCGAUCACUUCAACGCUCCUGACAGCAAGGACUUUUGUUUCAUUCUCUCUACCCGUGCUGGUGGUCUCGGCAUCAACUUGAUGACUGCUGACACGGUAAUUCUUUUUGAUUCCGAUUGGAAUCCUCAGGCAGAUCUCCAAGCCAUGGCUCGUGCCCAUCGCAUUGGGCAAAAGAACCCCGUCACCAUCUAUCGCUUUGUGUCAAAAGACACUGUCGAGGAAGAGGUUCUUGAGCGCGCUCGCAACAAGCUUAUCCUAGAGCACAUCACCAUCCAUCAGGCCAUGACGGAGAAGGAGGCUAAAGCGCUCAGAACUAAACUUGAUUCUGCCGGAGUCUCUACCGCCGAGCCUGUAGCACACGACGAUCUCUCUCGCAUUCUCAAGCGCCGUGGACAAAAGAUGUUCGAGCAAUCUGGCAACCAGAAGAAGCUAGAAGAGCUUGAUAUCGAUGCCGUUCUGGAGAACGCCGAGAUUCACCAAACUGAACAGUCAGGUGGUGGUAUUACUGCAAGUGGAGGUGCAGACUUCUUGAAGAGUUUCGAGUACACGGAUGUCAAGCUUGAUCUUGAAUGGGAUGAGAUUAUUCCCAAAGAGCAUCUCGAGGCUAUCAAGGCCGAAGAGAAAGCAAAGGACGAAGCGCAAUAUCUGGAGUCUGUCAUCGAAGAGAAUCAACCAAGGAACGCAAAGCGUAAGUCCAGAGAAGACGAUGCCCGCGAACAGCGUGCCGCCAAGAAGAGAGCUCGAGAUCUCGCCGCCCAAGCUGCUGCUGCUGAAGACUCUGACAACGACUCCAACGUUGGUGCUGAUCCUCAGCGGCCCUUGAGCGAGAAGGACAUCCGAAACCUGAUCCGCGCUUACGAGAAAUAUGGCUCAAUUGAUGAACGUCAGACCGAAAUCAUCAAGGAAGCUAGACUCGUUGGUCGUAACAUCGAUCUUCUCAAGGCUACUCUCGACGAAGUUGUUACCGAAAGCAAGAGGCUUCUGCAGGAUGAGCAUGAACGCGUCUUAGCUCUUGAGCGUGAGACUAACAAGCCCAUUACGAAGAAAGACAAGAAGGCUGUUCUCUUCGAUUUCAAGGGUGUCAAGCGACUGAAUGCUGAGACAUUGACCGAACGUCCUUUGGAGAUGCGUAUGCUCCGCGACGUCGAAAAGAACCUUGGUGAAAACUGGCGCACUUUCCGCAUUCCGGAGGCAUCCAAGCCCGCUCACUACUCGUGUCCUUGGGGUGCUCGAGAGGAUGGCAUGCUGUGCAUUGGUAUCGCGAAACAUGGCUACGGUGCCUGGGUAGCUAUACGCGACGAUCCUGAUCUCGGUAUGGGCGACAAGUUUUACCUUGAAGAACAUCGUGUUGGCAUCAAAGAAGAGCGGACCAAGGCUGAUGAGAAGAACGCCAAGUCGCCAGGAGCCGUGCAUCUUGUGAGACGCGCAAAUUACUUGCUCAGUGUUCUGAAAGACAAGACCAGCAAUGGUACGAACAUCGCAGCAAAGAGGGCGCUCGAGAAUCACCAUCGCAACAACAAAAAGUCUCUCGGCUCUAGUGAUCGUCGCCCCACAAGCGUAUCGGCAUCCCCAGCUCCUGGUGCGGCUCGUAAGAUGAACCGCGAGGAAUCCUACCGUUCACGCCUUCACAACGACCAUCGAGGCUCAUCUGAUCGUCGCCAAUCAUCUAACAACGUUGGCCACCGAGCGUCGCCAAGUGGAGCUGAGCGUGUUGAUAGAAACAGACACCACCGUGACUCUGAGCCUAGAAAGCUGCCGCGCCACGCUGGAUCUCCUCUUGCUGCUUCCAAUGGCGAUCGCCCAGCAUCUGAAGACCAUAUGAGGCGGAUAGUCGAGCCCAUUCGUGAUUGCUUAGGCCGCAUCAGAAAGGCCACCAAAAGUCACAUCCCAGACGACAAGGAGCGUGCAAACAGUCUGAAGGAGUCGCUACAGACGGCUGGCAAAUUCUUCAAACAAAAAGCGACUGAGAAGGGAAAGACGGUCGAGGAUAAACUUUGGGAUUACCUUGCCGAGACGUGGUGGCCGCAGGCCAAGAACGUCGACAAACGUACGUCAGGUCAGAAGCUCCGAACGCUGUACGAGAAGAUCGCAGCCGCCAAUAAGGCAACCUAG